UCGGCCCCGAUCGGGGGAGCUGCCAGAGCAAGUCUCUCUCUCUCUCUCGCUCUCUCAUUUUUGUUUGCAACUCAACCAACUGGCAGGACAGAAGGUAGAAGCGCCACAAAGGAGGGAAGAAGACGAAGGAUGGAAGCAUUGAGGUCGUCAUAUGGGUCAUCGUCUGAGGAUACAGACGACGAUUCUUCUCUGGAAAGAAGCAAGAAGCGGGCAGCAGUCAGCCCUCCCUCGCCGGAACCGCAGUCCCUUCCCCCUCCUCCUCUUGACCUCUUGGAUCCGCCAGCUUUUUUUCAAACAAAUGCAAAUCGGGUUAGAAGCUUUCCGCACGUAGAAGGAAAUUAUGCACUGCAUCUCUUUAUCCCAGUCUUGAUACCUGCAGUAAUGAAGAAACAGUUGGUACCUUUAAUCAGAAAAUCUAUGUUGCUUGUGGAAGGGCUUCAUGCUGUUGAUAUCGACAUCCCUUUGAAGGAUCUCUGUGUAGAUGAUGAAAAGUUCCUGCAACUUGUCUUGGGAAGGGAGUUUCACAUAAGCUUGUCUAGAACUGUUCCUAUUCGCGUGCAUCAGAUUGAUUCAAUUGUCACAAUGCUUCAACAGAAGUUCCAAGCCCAAAAGCGGUACUGGAUAGAAUUCAAUACUUGGGAAGUGUUUGUUAAUGAUGAUAGGACUCGAACUUUUCUGUCUAUGGAAGUUAGUACCAGAGGCUUAAAGGAGAUAACCAGGCAAAUUCAAGUUGUGAAUGAUGUAUAUAGGUUGCAUAAUCUCCCAGAGUUUUAUGAGAAUCCUCGGCCACAUAUAUCACUGGCUUGGGGACUUGGUGAUAUCAGCCAUUCUUUGCAACAAGCAGUUAAUGAACUGAACAGAUCUAGGCCAAGUAGCGGAUCUGCUCAGAAGAAUAUUUUUUCAUGUAUGUUUAAUGGCAUUGAGUGUAGAAUAGGAAAGAAAUCAUAUACCAUCUGUAAAGUUUUAGUGGCAUGAGAAGAAUAUUAGUGUUCACAACAAGCUUUUGUUCUUUUGCCAUUUAAGAUACUUGUUACUGCAUUUCCCUGCAUAUAUGUAAAUAUUAUGUAACAUCAAUGCACUAUGGCAGAAGAAUUGGGAGGUGUUUUUUGUCCUUGGCAAUGUGGAUACUGGUUCGGCCUUGCUCUCUUGUUUGGGCAGCUAAGGAAGACUUUCAUGCUGGCAUUUUUAUUGUCAGAUCUUCUCUUA